AUGAAGGAGAAGGGUGGGGUGGAAAAAACUUGUCUCUUUUUUUUUUUUACUUAAACGCGCUUUUUUUUUAUUUUUUAUUUAAUUCUAUUUCCAUGUCAAAUUUUGAAUGUAAUAUUAAAUUCACUUUUAAAAGUAUAAAUAUAUUGGCUUCAAUAAUUUAAGCGUAUAACUGAUUUUUUGACGUAACGUCGAAUAAAUACAUUCUCAUUUAAAAGUGGUGUACAUAUAUCCAUGCCUUCUAACAUUAAUAUAUUUAUUGAACCAAAGAGAAAUCUUUAAAUCUUUUUUAAAAUUUUAAAUUAUGAUAAGGAGUGACAAAUAUACAUCAUUUGUUAAAUUGCAACAAUAAUAUGUAACCUUUUUUUAUUUUUAUAUAUAUAAUAGUAAUUUGAGUUAGACGUUUAAUUUUAUGUUUUUAUCCCACAUUUGAAAUUUGAGAGAAAAAUAGGGAACUGGGCUAAAUGGUGGGAAGAUAGUGCUUACAACCGCCUUAACUGUCACUACCCACAAUCUCAUUAAAUAAACAAACAAAAAAUCAUCUGCAGCAAAAGUUGGAAAAAAAAAAACAGAGUAGUGAUAAUUUUUUGAUCAGAAAGAUUUGGUUUUUGUUAGUGAAAAUGAGUGAGAUAAAGAAAGGUCCAUGGAAAGAGGAAGAAGAUCAAGUGUUGAUUAAGCAUGUAAAGAAGUAUGGUCCAAGAGAUUGGAGCUCCAUUCGAUCCAAAGGUCUUUUACAGCGUACUGGAAAGUCUUGUCGUCUUCGUUGGGUUAAUAAACUUCGACCCAACUUGAAAAAUGGAGUGAAGUUUUCAGCAGAAGAGGAAAGGACCGUGAUUGAACUUCAGGCACAAUUUGGGAACAAAUGGGCACGAAUUGCCACGUAUAUGCCUGGAAGAACUGAUAAUGAUGUCAAGAAUUUUUGGAGUAGCCGGCAGAAGAGAUUGGCUAAGAUUCUACGAAACUCAGUGCCACAGCCUAGUAAACCACAAAAGAAUAUCAGCAAAGAAGCCCCUGAUCUCCUUAAAGCUCCAUCAGUAGAGGAACCUAAACUGAACUCAUCUGCAGAUGAAAGAGCUUUGGUCGUGUCCCAGCAUUGCUCAUCAUCCUAUACGAAUAACUUUGACACAAUCAACAUGGUCCCAUUGCCAGAGCUAGUGAACUCAACUUCACUUCCUUUUGAUCAAGAACUGCCUCCACUUGAGUUCACUCCCAGUGAGAAGAAAAUUUGCAUCUGGCCGCAGUUCCCGCUCCCUUUUCCUCACAUUCCAGUCCAAACCAACUUUGGUCAACCACUUGAACAUCAAGAAUUACCCAUGAAACUCGAGGAUAGUGACUUCUUAGAUUAUUUUGGGCAGCUCAGUGCUUCCGACCUAGGAGGAAAUGUGCAAGUCCCUCUUGCUCCUUCGUGUUCAUCAGGACAAGAUCAGAGAAGCUCUGAGAUUGGUGUGAAGAGAGAAAUGGCUGAGAUUGGUGUGAAGAGAGAAAUGGAGUACCCCCUUACCCCAGAUAGCUUCAUCAAUGACUUCCCCUUGGACAUGUUCGAUUAUAUUGAUCCACUGCAAAGCCCAUCUGGUUGGUGAUUAGUCAUUUUCAGAUAGGAAGAAAGGAAAUUGUUACAGAAUAUGUAGUGAUCUAUGCAAUAUGAUUGUCAUAGUAACUUUUCUUUGUAUGA